AGGGCCGCUGGCUUGGGGCUUAGUCUCCUCCUCCUCCAUUUCCUCUUCUUCCCCUCCUCUGGCUUCCUCCUGCGGCCCCCUCGGCUCCGCUCCCGACGCCGGCCGGGCGGCGGUCGGACUACCUCACUAUUUAUUCCUAGCUUGUGUGACUGUGCAUGGGGGGAGAAGGGAGGAAAUGGAUUAGAGCCGAGGACCAGUAACAAACAGGUUACAGUUUUUACAGAAGACCAUUUUUAUAAACUUCAUCCAUGGACUAGUAUGGACUACAUCUCCCAAAGUUCAGAAGUAGAAUUAAAAGUUCAACCUGAACUGGCUGUAUACCCUGAUAUUUACUUGAAUUAGAACUUAUGUAAGAAAAAAUGAUGGAAGGCUCGUUAAAGAAAGAUUAUGUUAGAGACAAGAAAAGGACUUUUCUCUGUUUGUUAAUUUUAGUAUAUCUGACUGCUUUAGUCUACACUGAUAAGGAUUUUUACAGUUUACUUGGAGUAUCUAAAGAAGCAAAUAGUAGGGAAAUAAGACAAGCUUUCAAGAAGUUGGCAUUAAAGUUACAUCCUGAUAAAAACCCGAAUAACCCAAAUGCUCAUGAGGAGUUUUUGAAAAUAAAUAGAGCAUAUGAAGUAUUGAAAGAUGAAGAUCUUCGGAAAAAAUAUGAUAAAUAUGGAGAAAAAGGACUUGAGGAUAAUCAAGAAAGGGGCCAGUAUGAAAGCUGGAACUAUUAUCGAUAUGAUUUUGGUAUUUAUGAUGAUGAUCCUGAAAUUAUAACCUUGGACAGAAGAGAAUUUGAUGCUGCUGUUAAUUCUGGAGAGCUGUGGUUCAUAAAUUUCUACUCCCCGGGAUGUUCACACUGCCAUGAUUUAGCUCCCACAUGGAGGGAAUUUGCUAAAGAAAUGGAUGGUUUAUUUCGCAUUGGAGCUGUAAAUUGUGGAGAUGAUAGAAUGCUUUGCAGAAUGAAAGGAAUCCAAAGUUAUCCAAGCCUCUACAUUUUCAAAUCUGAAACGAAUCCAGUGAAGUAUUUUGGAGAGAGAUCAAAGGACCACUUAGUGAAUUUUGCCAUGCGGUAUGUCAAAAGCACAGUGACAGAAUUAUGGGCAGGAAAUUUUGUUAAUGCCAUCGAAACUGCCUUUGCCUCUGGUGUUGGCUGGCUCAUCACCUUUUGUUCUAAGACGGGAGAUUGCUUAAGUUCACAAACACGUCUUAAACUGGCUGGCAUGUUGGAUGGCCUUGUUAAUGUGGGCUGGAUGGAUUGUGGCACCCAGGGUGAGCUAUGUAAAAGUCUAGACAUCACAUCAAGUACUACGGCAUAUUUUCCACCUGGGGCCACCUUAACCAACAAAGAAAAAGGCGGUGUUUUGUUUCUCAACUCCUUGGAUGCCAAAGAGAUAUAUUUUGAAAUAAUGCGCCACCUUCCAGAUUUUGAAAUACUCACUGCAGAUUCACUAAAGGAUCGAUUGGCUCAUCAUAGAUGGCUGCUCUUCUUUCAGUUUGGAAAAAAUGAAAAUUCAAAUACUCAUGACUUUAAAAAGUUAAAAUUUCUUCUUAAAAAGGAACAUAUUCAGGUUGGCAGGUUUGACUGUCUUUCUGAACCAGACACCUGCCGUAAGUUUUAUGUUCAUCAGCCAUCUGUGGCAGUCUUUAAAGGUAAAGGAACUGACGAUUAUGAAAUUCAUCAUGGAAAAAAGAUCCUGUACCAUAUACUUGCAUUUGCAAAAGAAAGUGUUGACUCUUAUGUUGUCACACUUGGACCUCAGAAUUUUCCUGACAAAGAAAAAGAACCAUGGCUUGUUGAUUUCUUUACACCUUGGUGUCCACCUUGUCGAGCCUUGUUGCCAGAGUUACGAAAAGCAUCAAAGCAUCUGAAUGGGCAGCUUAAAUUUGGCACCCUUGAUUGUACAAUCCAUGAGGGCCUCUGCAACAUGUAUAACAUUCAGGCUUAUCCAACAACAGUGGUAUUCAACCAGUCCAGUAUUCAUGAAUAUGAAGGACAUCACUCAGCUGAAGAGAUUUUAGAAUUUAUAGAGGAUCUAAGGAACCCUUCUGUAAUUUCUCUAACACCAGAGACAUUCGAUGAACUAGUUAAAAAAAGAAAACGUGAUGAAAUCUGGAUGGUUGAUUUUUAUUCUCCUUGGUGCAGACCAUGCCAGAUGUUAAUGCCAGAGUGGAAAAGGAUGGCACGGUUGUUAAAUGGUCUUAUCAGUGUUGGCAGUGUAGACUGCCAAAAGUAUUAUUCCUUUUGUAGCGAAGAACAAGUCAAGAAAUAUCCUGAUAUAAGACUUUACCCUCCAAAAUCAAACACAGCUUAUCAAUAUUAUUCUUACAAUGGAUGGGAUAGAGAUGCAUAUUCUCUAAGAACCUGGGCUCUAGAAUAUUUGCCUCAGGUGUCCAUAGAGCUUACACCGCAGACUUUCAAUGACAAAGUGUUAGAAGGGAAAGAUCAUUGGGUAGUUGAUUUCUAUGCUCCUUGGUGUGGACCUUGCAGAAAUUUUGCCCCAGAAUUUGAGCUUUUGGCUAGGACUAUUAAAGGAAAAGUGAAAGCUGGAAAAGUAGACUGUCAGGCUCAUGCUUAUACUUGCCAGACUGCUGGCAUCAGAGCUUAUCCUACUGUUAAAUUUUAUCCCUACCAAGGAAACAAGAAAAAUAUUCUUGGCAAGCAGAUAGAUGUCAGAGAUGCAAAAAGUAUUGCUGACCUAUUAGAUGAAAAAUUGAAAGCUCUGCAGAGUAAAACACAGAGGGAGAAAUCUAGAAACAAGGAUGAACUAUGAGUGAACUUGAAGAUGGAGCAAAUAUAAAGAAAACAGAACCUGUGACAUCAGAAGGCUUCAUACUUAGAAUGUUACCACACUCAUAGCAGGAAUAAAUGAACAUUAUUUUGGACUAAUGAUUGUGCUGCCUGAAUUCUGUACAUAUUUGGUGCAGAAGGCUUCAAUUUUUGUGGUAGGGGAGCUCCCGACAUGAGAUUGGACUCUGCUCCACGUGCAUUAUUCCAGAAAUACACAAAGGGGUUCCCUUUAAUCUUGUGAUCAAAAGUUUAAAACUGGGUUCAGAUGGAGUUUUGUGAUUUUUUUCAAGCACGCUCUAUUCUUCAGAACUCUAUCCCUACCCGUAAACUCCAUAUGAAAAACUACUCAGCAUGACUUUAAAUAUGCAGAAAUGCCAUUUUCAUGAGAUCAUGCUAUUUAAUAACCAGGGUCUUUAAAGUGAAGAGAUCCUGAAUUAUUUCAUCUCCAUCCUUCUAAAGGAUAAGGAAUUUUUUUUCUCACUUGGGAAAAAUAGUGUGCAUGAAAAAUUCACUCAUCUCCCAAAGGCAAAAUGAUUUCAUGGGUUGUUUUAUGAUCCAAACAUCCAAGAGAAAUUAUAUUACUAGUUUGGCCAUGGAACUGUUGCUAAAUAAUUUCCUUAAUCAGGUGUUCAAAAUAUACAUGCGUUUUUAAGUUUAUUUUAUAUCUUAAAACAAACUUUAAUUAUAAUGUAUGCAUUGGAAUUUGAAGCAUUUCCUAGAUUUGUACAUUUACCCAUUGAAUACUUUAUGCUAUUGUUUUAUACUAUAGAGUAUUUCCAAUACUCCAUAGUCCCAUUUUGUCGGACAUUUCAUUGUUUGCGUUGCAAAAAUCACUUUCCAGGUUUGUUUUCCUCCUGCUUACGAUGGUAUUACAACUAAUUUUACAUUGGCUAUUAAUUUUCUGUCAGAAAAUAGUGUUUUUUAAGAUUAGCAUUACUGAUAACAAUAAUUGAGAUUAUUUUUAUAAGAAAAUUAAGUGGAUAAACAAGAAGAAAGAGUAUAACCACUAAACUAUCUGAGAUCAAAAGCACCUUUUUUUUUAAAAUAGUUAACGCCAAAUACAGUGUGAGUAGGAUCUACGUCUCCAAUAUAAGAUUAUAUGGAAUGAUAAAACACUGAUUUUAUUGUCUUCAGCUGUUCUGACACUAUCAGGAAACAUCUCAACAUAGUUUCAGGAUCAGUAUAAUUGAAAGUGUUGAACUUGGAGUCAGGAAGACUUGGGUUCAAAUCUUGCCUCUGUGAUGCUCCUUAGCUACGUGACCACCAGCAAGUCACUUAACCUCUAUGAGGUUAUUCCUACCUUCCUCAUCUAUAAAGUGCUUUACUACCUACAACACACUUGUGAUGCUCAAAUGAGAUCACGUAUAUAAAAACGUUUUCAAAUUCCAAAGUACUAUAUACAUGGCAGUUAUUAUUGUUUUAAACUUUUGCUUUACUAUUUUAGCCCUAUCCUGUUUUCACUCCCUAAUUCCAAAGGUGUUUCCUCAGAAAUAAUAAUAACAUUUGUGCUUAACAGUUGACAAAGUAUUUGACAUACAUUCUCAUCUGAUAAUCAGGAAAACCCUGUGAAGCAGUUUUACAGAUAAAUAAGAAGUUAACUUGUUCAUAAUGACAUUGGUAAUAAGUAGAAAGGAGGCAACUUAAGGAAAUUCUCUCGCAACUAUAAUAUACCCAAAGAACCACAACUGUUUUAUUUUUUCUGAUUGUUUAUUAAAAAUUUUUCCCUUUAAUUAUGACCUCAUUCUAUGCCUUCCAGGCAUGAUUACUAAAUUACAUUCUCUGGAAAUCAAGCAUCUAUGUGUACAUAUAGCUGUUCAGUAACUUCAGGGCAGUCAUCACUAUUGAUAUUCAUUUAACAGUGACAAUUUGAAUAAAUGAUCAGAACCAUAGUGGGUGACUUUCAUUUAUGGUAAAUAUGUUUUUCAUUUCUAAGAUAGAAGCUUGCACAACUAACUCGUUAUUUCAGCACUUCUGAAUCUGGAAUACCUAAAGAAUUAAUUGAUUCAUUUAGUAUUUAUUGAAUCUAUCAAACCUUUAGCACUGAUGGGGCUACAGAAGAAUUUUUAAAAUUAGAUAUACUGUACAUUCUUGGAGUCCUGCAAGGGACUAUACACAUAGGAAAUCUGUAACCCACAGUUAUGGUAAUAAAUUUUGUACUCAGAUUGGUUGCUGUUCCAGUGAUUUAUGGGGAAGCUAACAGAAAAAAAAAAAGCAUCAUUGAUUGGCCUAUUAGCAUAUGCCAGUAGUAC